AUGACGACUCUCCAAUACGACUCUGAAUUCGCCGAGGCAUUGGCCUUGAUGAAAUCCGGCCGCCCCUCAAUCCCUCCCCAAACAGUCCUCGACAUCCGUCGUAACAACCACGCGUUCUUUACUAAAGUCUUUCCCAAAGCGCCCUCAUCGGAUAUUAUCGACCAGACAGACUACACCAUUGAAAGCUAUGACGGUGCCAAAAUCCUGCUGCGCCGUUAUGCAAAGCCAGGUGUUAAAGAACCCCAACCAGCGAUUCUAGUAAUCCACGGAGGCGGAUUUGUCUCGGGCACCGUCGAAAUUUGCGGCGGUUUAGAUGCAGAGACCGCAAUUACGACAAGAAGAACUGUGUUUGCGGUGGAUUAUCGUCUUGCGCCUGAGCAUCCUUUUCCUGCCGCCGUGGAGGAUAGCUUUGCUGCCUUGAUGUUCAUCUCGGAGAAUGCAGUAGAGCUGAACAUCGAUCCCAAGCGCAUUUGUGUAAAAGGAGAAAGUGCAGGCGGUGGUAUAGCCGUAGGAACCGUCCUCAUGGCGAGAGACAGAGCGCUGAGGCCCCCAGUGGCAAAGCUGAUCGCUAUAACUCCUGAACUGGACGAUAGAACAAGCCAUCCAGCAGAUACCGAGUUUCUCAAAUUCACCACAUGGACUCCUCAUCAUAACAAGCUUGCCUGGAAAGCAUAUGUAGGAGAAGAAAAAGCUGGAAGGCUGGAAGCAGAUGUCUCACCUUAUGCAGCGCCAGCGAGAGCAGAAAGCUACAGAGGGCUACCGUCUACAUACGUCGAUGUCGGCACGCUGGACUUGUUUCGAGAUGAGGAUCUGGAAUUUGUGAAGAGGUUGAUGGAAGAUAACGUAGAGGUGGAGUUUCAUCUCUGGCCUGGUGUACCGCAUGUAUUCGAGUUUCUAGGACAAGGAACGAGAUGGCAUCUGCGAGCUAGAGAAGCGCGGAAUGAUGCACUGUUGAGAUUCUAG